AUGGAUCUUGUUUGUGUGGAAAUGUCUCAUAAUAUUCUUUCGGUUAAAACUGAAUUAAAGAAAAUGGGGAUGCCAAUUGAUAUUAUUUGUUCUAGGUGUUUCCAGAAUGCGGAAUCACUUGAACAUCUAUUUUUUGAUUGCCCCAUUUCACAACGGAUUUGGCGUGGGUCGACUUUGGGUUUAGAUUUUGGGGUGGGAAGACCUCUAUCCUUUUUUUCAUGGUUUAAAGGCUGGGUGCAACAAAUACAUGACUCGGAGAUUGUAAUACAUUCCAUUGCUUUGUUAUGGGCCAUUUGGAUGCAACGUAACUCUAUAGAAUUCCAUAAAGUUGAGGUGUCCAUAGAACGAUCGAUCAUGUUUGCUUCCGAGUUACUAACAUUAUUUCUUUCACCCUUGCACAAUGUUCCCUAUGAGAUUUCUCACUCUAGUUCUUCUCCUCAAACCAGUUUUGUUAAGCAGGUUAUUUUACAGAAUGCUCAGCCUUGCAUUGUUGUUGGUCCGCGUAUGCGUAUUGUUGUGGAUGGCUCUUGGGUUGCUGUAGGUGAGCGCACUGGUCUGGCGUGGGUUUGCUUCGAUUCUGAUGAUCACCAAGUCUAUGAGGAAGCUAUUUUGGGACCUUCAAUGUUAUCUCCUCAAUAG